CCACCAUGACCUCGUGUCAUCCUGUCGGGUGCUCCCUGCAGGUGGACAUCAUCCUGAUUCCUGCACUCUCCUACUGUGUAAACAAACAUGUUUAUCACAGGUGGCCACAGAUUGUCGACAGAGAAAGGAAAACCCGAGGGACUCCAGUUUUGGCGAUGACCCGAACUUAGCAUGCGUGACGACACGAGGUCACUUCCGCUGCAGAAGCCGCUGCUGCAUGUAAACAAAGCGGAGCGGCAGGUCCGAUGGAGAUGAGCUCACUUUAAUCAGAGUGGAUCAACUGGACAAAGUUCGGGUUGUUUGAACGGAUCCUGAGGACAGAGUCUGUAUGAUGGAGCUCCACUGUGACUGAACCGGAACCAGCAACAUGUCUAUGGAAGACCCGUUCUUCGUCGUCAAGGGUGAAGUCCAGAAGGCAGUCAACGCAGCUCAGAGCCUCCAUCACAGAUGGAGCGAGCUGCUGCAGGAGGGGGGCGGAGCCUCCAAAGAGGAAAUGGACUGGACAACCAAUGAGCUGAGGAACAGUCUGCGCUCCAUCGAGUGGGACCUGGAGGACCUCGACGAGACCAUCAGCAUCGUUGAGUCCAACCCAAAGAAGUUCAACCUGGACGCCGCCGAGUUGUCCAAGAGGAAGGCCUUCAUCACCAGCACCAGGCAGACUGUCAAGAAAAUGAAAGAGCAGAUGUCGAGUCCAGCUGCAGCCUCAGAGGAAAGAAAGAACAAACAGGCUCUGCUCGGUGAGCGCGGGGCUCAGGGUCCGAUCUGGCAGCCCGGUCCUGAUAAGUACAGCCGACUGGACCGCCAGCUGCAGAACGCCAACUCUCAGUUUAUAGAGGAGCAGCAGGGCCAGCAGCAGCUGAUCGCGGAGCAGCAGGAUGAACAGCUGGAACUUGUGUCGGGAACCAUCGGAGUCCUGAAGAACAUGUCAGAGAGGAUCGGCAUGGAGCUGGACGAACAGGCCGUGAUGUUGGAUGACUUCAGUCACGAGAUGGACAACACUCAUUCCAGGCUGGACAACGUCAUGAAGAAACUGGCCAAAGUGUCUCACAUGACCAGCGAUCGUCGUCAGUGGUGCGCUAUCGGCGUGUUGCUUGCCAUCCUCUUCGUCGUCAUCCUCCUCUUCUUCAUCCUUUGAUUGAUACCCCCUCCUGUCAGCACAGAACUCGUCUUAAUGCUGUGUCUGCUGGACUCCACUUAACCCUCCUGAACUCAACUGACCCCUCCUUGACUCUCUGCUGCUCCCCUGGACUUUCUUUGACUAUGUUGGACUCUACUGCACUCUCAUGAACCCUCCUGGACUCUACCGAACUCUCCUGAACUCUGCUUAACUCUCCUGGACUUGCCUGGACUUGACUGUUCUCUUGUGGACUCGACUGAACUCUCCUGGACUGACCUGGACUUUCCUUGACUCUAUUGGACACUCUUUAACUCUGGUGGACUCUGGUGGUUCUCUUUGUCAGAAAGGAUGAAACAAAGUCGGAAAGCAGACACCCGUCAGUCCCUUUUGAGUCCUGAUCCUGGAUGAGCUGGGCCAAGCAGGUAUAGAAUGACAAGACUCUGGAAGUGAAGCAUUCUGGGAUUUGACGUGACGUCCACCUCUUGUUAAGACCCACACCUGAGAACAGGUACCACGCCUGAGUGAUCGGAGGACAAUCAGCCAGUCAGGCCUCUGGAAAAACAGAAGCAGACUGAGACCUUAAAGAACAGGAACCAUCAGUCCACUUUAAAAGUUGCUGUUACGUACAAACAGUAUUAUUGUAGUUUUACUUCAGUACCAGUUAAACUCCAGUUUAGCACCAGUCUGUCGUCAGAUAAUCUUGUCAUCUUUGAGUGAAACCGAACUUUAUUGAAUCUGCAUGAAACAAAAAUCACUUCUUUGUCUCAAUGGUUAGAAUUAAAUGGAGCAGAAAAUCUGGAAACGAAAAGCUUUUUAAUCAGUUAGAACCAGUCGCUGGUUACACUGGACUCUGAUAUCACAGACUACUGGGCCACACUUUGUAUAGAGGGAAUCCACUGGACCCGACUGGACCCGACUGGACCCUACUGGACCCAACCGGACGUUCUCUUCCCUUUGAAGGGACUGAAAAGGCACUUUGGUUCUUUGAGUGUUUGACUGUUAAAAUCACUGCAGAGGUGGAAACGUGUGCGAUGUGGUUUCAUGUUUUGUGUUUGUUUGGAUGUUUUAUUUAAAGGGCCAGUUUAACUCUGAGUUCAGCUUCAGUCUUACUCUAACUCUACUUUACCUCUUCACUUACACUCCAGUUACACUCCAGUUUCAUCCCAGUUUAACUCUGGGUUUAGUAACUUUAAGUCUAUUUCUGUUUUACCUUCAUUUCACUCCUGGAUUAUAUUUGGGUUAACUCCAGUUUAAUUUUAAGUUAAGUGCAAUUCUAACUUUAGUUUCCCUUCAUUUUAACCCAGUUUAAGCCCAGUUUUACUAAGUGUUAACACCAGUUUAGCCCUGGUUUACUUCUGGUUGUUUGGUCCGAGAAUAAUCUUAAAAAAAAUAAUGUCAGAACACUAAAAAUUCCUGUUUUUGUGAUUUUUUUUUUCUGUUUACAGUUUACAGUUUUUGUUUUAUUGAUUUUAAGUGACUGACGUGUAAUGUUUCAUUUUUUAUUUAGUUUCCUCUGACAGUUUAUUUUCUUUAUUUUAUUUUCCGUCAGAUUCAGACCACACAGUUCCUGCUUCACAAUAAAAGCCUUUCUCUAGCGAACAUCUGUAAGGCUUUUAAUGUGAAGUAGAAGCAGCAGGAAGUGUGCUCGUGAAGGCUAGCAAGCAGCAAAAGUGCUGGUUUGAUAUAUAAUGGUUUGAAAUCAGGUAACAGGUGAGCUAAGACAAAGCAGCCAAUCACGUCGCCCCACACCAUCAGGUUUACGGUACACGUCUGCAGGUGAUGAAAUGUUGUUAGAAGUUACUUUACUUCCUGUUACUUUAAAAUAAAACCACAGUGUUAAGGUUUCUGACUGAUGGAAAUAAAAUGAUGAAAUGCAGUUAAUUAGUCAGAACGUUUUUAUUCUGUCGACGUGUUUUAACUUGAGCUCUUCAGAAAUCCAUCCAGUUGGUUCCAACAAAUUUCAUGAAAUAAUGCAAUAUUUGCAAUAUUUCCUUGCAUUUUUCUGUGAGGGAAAAUGUCAGCUUUUAUUUUUAAUUAGUCUCAAUUGGUGUUUUCUGUCAGACUGAAAAGUUUGUCCUUCUGUUUCAGCUGAACCUGAAGUACAUAAUUAUAUAAUGUGGUUACAUAAAUCAGUCAGUCCAUGUUUCCUGUCAGAAGUUUAUUUCUGGAAACAAAAGCAACGUGUAGCCCCGAGACAAUGUUAAUAAUACAAAUAAUAAUGAUAAUAAUAAUAAUGAUGACCACUCUGUAUUUUGUUGACACUUCACGAACAGUUUGGCGACUGAAUGAAGGCCACAAACUGUUAUUGUUCUUUGGUAAACUGUGGUAUUGAAGAGUGAAUGAAAACUGUAUUAUUUUAUUUUUUGUCCACAUUUGCAGCUGAGUGAAGUGUCUUCAGGUGAAUUUUAUUUCAAUAAACGGAUUCUGAGAAGAGAAA